CCAGGCGGAAGUAUGCCAAAGGUUUUGGUGCGGCCGCUUCCGGUCCGGGUAAAGGCUGCUGAGGUAUGCUGCAUGGUCUGUGUCGGGCCGGGACAGCUUUCUGAGGGCAAGUCAGCGGGUCAAGAGGCGAGCGUCGGCGUGUAGACUCACAAGUCAAGAGUCUAGUGGUAAGAUCGGAAAAACAGCCAGGAACUUGAAUACGAUCUUACCUCUGUUUCCGAGGGGGUAACUUCCACGAGGAACCCCUCUGCCCUGGUAACGGCCAAAGAGGAGAUGGCGCCAGUCAGGGAGCGGCCGUGGCCGACAAAGUAAGGAAGCGCGAAGGCGGAGCAGCCUGAGAAGCCUCGGGAGAAAACACCAGAGCCAUCGCUGCCGCCACCACCGCUACCACCAUGGAAGGGGCAAAGCCGACAUUGCAGCUCGUGUACCAGGCAGUGCAGGCGCUCUACCACGACCCAGAUCCCAGCGGAAAGGAGCGCGCCUCGUUUUGGCUUGGGGAGCUGCAGCGUUCGGUUCAUGCAUGGGAGAUUUCAGACCAAUUGUUACAGAUCCGGCAAGAUGUGGAAUCAUGCUAUUUUGCUGCACAGACCAUGAAAAUGAAGAUUCAGACCUCAUUUUAUGAGCUCCCCACAGACUCUCAUGCCUCUUUACGGGACUCAUUACUAACUCAUAUCCAGAACUUGAAAGACUUGUCACCUGUCAUUGUAACUCAGCUGGCUUUAGCAAUAGCAGACCUUGCUCUACAGAUGCCUUCCUGGAAGGGAUGUGUACAAACAUUGGUAGAAAAAUAUAGCAAUGAUGUAACUUCUCUGCCUUUUCUGCUGGAGAUCCUUACAGUGUUACCUGAAGAAGUACAUAGUCGUUCCUUACGAAUUGGAGCUAACCGGCGUACAGAAAUUAUAGAAGAUUUGGCCUUCUAUUCUAGUACAGUGGUAUCUCUAUUGAUGACUUGUGUAGAAAAAGCAGGAACAGAUGAGAAAAUGCUUAUGAAGGUCUUUCGCUGUUUGGGAAGUUGGUUUAACUUAGGAGUUUUGGAUAGUAACUUCAUGGCUAACAAUAAGUUAUUAGCACUCCUUUUUGAGGUUUUGCAACAGGAUAAGACCUCAUCCAACCUACAUGAAGCUGCUUCAGACUGCGUAUGCUCAGCUCUGUAUGCCAUUGAGAAUGUGGAAACCAACUUGCCAUUAGCCAUGCAACUUUUUCAAGGAGUCCUGACAUUGGAGACUGCCUAUCAUAUGGCUGUGGCACGUGAAGAUUUAGAUAAAGUUCUGAAUUACUGCCGUAUUUUCACCGAACUGUGUGAAACUUUUCUUGAAAAAAUUGUUUGUACUCCAGGCCAAGGCCUUGGGGACCUACGAACUCUAGAACUGCUUCUUAUCUGUGCAGGACACCCUCAAUAUGAGGUAGUAGAAAUUUCCUUUAACUUUUGGUACCGACUAGGGGAGCAUUUAUACAAAACUAAUGAUGAAGUUAUUCAUGGCAUCUUCAAAGCUUACAUUCAAAGGCUGCUUCAUGCCUUGGCUCGCCACUGCCAGCUGGAACCAGACCAUGAGGGGGUUCCUGAGGAGACUGAUGACUUUGGGGAGUUUCGGAUGAGGGUGUCAGACCUGGUGAAGGACUUGAUUUUCUUGAUUGGGUCUAUGGAGUGUUUUGCUCAGUUAUAUUCUACUCUGAAAGAAGGCAACCCACCCUGGGAGGUGACAGAAGCGGUUCUCUUUAUCAUGGCUGCUAUAGCAAAGAGUGUUGAUCCGGAGAACAAUCCAACACUUGUGGAGGUCCUAGAAGGAGUUGUCCGUCUCCCAGAGACCGUACAUACAGCUGUGCGAUACACCAGCAUUGAAUUGGUUGGAGAGAUGAGCGAAGUGGUUGAUCGAAAUCCUCAGUUCCUUGACCCUGUGUUGGGCUAUUUGAUGAAAGGACUGUGUGAAAAACCUCUAGCUUCUGCUGCAGCCAAAGCCAUUCAUAACAUUUGCUCUGUCUGCCGAGACCACAUGGCUCAGCACUUUCAUGGACUCCUAGAGAUUGCCCGUUCCCUUGAUUCCUUCAUGUUGUCUCCAGAAGCUGCUGUGGGCUUGCUAAAAGGGACAGCACUUGUCCUAGCCAGAUUACCUUUGGAUAAGAUUACUGAAUGUCUUAGUGAACUAUGUUCUGUUCAGGUUAUGGCAUUGAAAAAGCUGUUGUCUCAGGAGCCCAGCAAUGGCAUAUCCUCAGAUCCCACUGUGUUCUUAGAUCGCCUUGCAGUGAUAUUUAGACACACCAAUCCCAUUGUGGAAAAUGGACAGACUCAUCCGUGCCAAAAAGUCAUACAGGAAAUAUGGCCAGUUUUAUCUGAGACUCUAAAUAAGCACCGGGCUGAUAAUCGGAUUGUAGAACGUUGUUGCAGGUGCCUCCGUUUUGCUGUUCGCUGUGUAGGAAAAGGAUCUGCAGCCCUGCUGCAGCCACUAGUCACACAGAUGGUGAAUGUUUACCAUGUACAUCAGCAUUCCUGUUUCCUGUACCUUGGUAGUAUCCUUGUGGAUGAGUAUGGCAUGGAAGAGGGCUGUCGGCAGGGACUACUAGACAUGCUCCAGGCACUGUGCAUGCCCACCUUUCAGCUCUUAGAACAGCAGAAUGGGCUCCAGAAUCACCCUGACACUGUGGACGACCUAUUCAGGCUAGCCACCAGGUUUAUUCAGCGUAGCCCUGUUACCUUGCUGAGGAGCCAGGUUGUCAUCCCUAUCUUACAAUGGGCCAUUGCCUCUACUACCCUGGACCACCGGGAUGCCAACUGUAGUGUCAUGAGGUUCCUACGAGACCUCAUCCACACAGGGGUAGCCAAUGAUCAUGAAGAAGACUUUGAAUUACGGAAAGAACUGAUUGGACAGGUGAUGAACCAGCUUGGACAGCAACUUGUAAGCCAGCUGCUUCACACGUGCUGCUUCUGUCUCCCCCCAUACACCCUACCAGAUGUGGCUGAAGUGCUCUGGGAGAUCAUGCAGGUUGACAGACCGACUUUUUGUCGAUGGUUAGAGAAUUCCUUGAAAGGUUUGCCAAAGGAGACAACCGUGGGAGCUGUCACAGUGACACACAAACAACUUACAGAUUUCCACAAACAAGUCACUAGUGCUGAGGAAUGUAAACAAGUUUGCUGGGCCUUGCGAGACUUCACCAGGUUGUUUCGAUAGCUCAUACUCCUGCACUGUGCCUGUCACCCAGGAAUGUCUUUUUAAAUUAGAAGACAGGAAGAAAACAAAAACCAGACUGUGUCCCACAAUCAGAAACCUCCAUUGUGGCAGAGGGGCCUUCACAGCCACCAGGGCCUCCCGCCAGACAGGGAGAGACUCCAGCCUUCCAAGGCCAUCCUGAGGAGUUCCUGUUUGGGGGUGUGAGGGAAAAUCAGCGCGGUUUAAAAACGAUGGCUGCGGCCUGUGCAGCGUGGUGGGAGGUGAGCUGGUUUCCUGGUGAACUUGUUUCUAAAAGGAAAAAUAAUUUUAAAGAAAUAAAAAAGGAAAAAAAAAAGGAAAACUAAACUGAAAUCAGAACUGAAACAUUCUCCUGGUAGCAAAUGACAUGCACACAUACGUACAUGUACUUACACACACAUAUGCUAACACACAUGUGUACACACAGAAAAAUAAAAGUACAAAACUUUCUGUGAAACAAAAACGUUUACUUAGGGAAGAUGGGAAUUCAAAUGAAUUAAAUAACUGCAAUUGGAAGGAAAGGGUCAGGAUCAUCUCUUAAGGUUUUCUGCUAUUUUGUCCUUUCCUUCUCUCCCACCCUCUCUUCUUUCCCUUUCCCCCUCCCCCUCCUCUUUUAAUGAAAGUUAGUAGAAAUUUUUCCUACUGUCCCAACUGUUUUCUUCUCACCUUUAGAGUUCUUCAGACAAGGAGAAAUAAGCAAGGAGCCUGUUCUGUUUUAUAUCAUGGUCAUAUCAAUGAUACUAGGACCUGCCAGGGCCAAAAUUCAUGUAUAUCCCCAUCCUGACCCUAUUCAGUCUCUUCAGUCCACUUCCCACCUACAUUGGGUUGUCGUCAUCUUUGGAGAGAAGAGCCAAAAUUAGGGUGAGUGGGAUAUAAAUAUAUAUUCUAAGUUGUAGUUUUUUAAAGAUUUUUUUUUCUUUUUUUUUAAUUAAUUUUUCACCCAUAGACAUGAGAGAGGAAAACAGAGGGUGGGAGAAUGGAAAAAAGUGUUUACAGGGCUAACUGUAUUUUACUUAAAAAUGCAGAAAUUAUUUGACUUCAUGAGGAGUGAGGCAGAAGAGGGAGGCCCAAAGCAAGUCCUAAUAUUUUAAAGGAGUUGCAGCCCUGCACAGGCAUUAGAUAUUAGGGCACUGUUCUGUCUGGUGUUGUAGCCAUCACAAGAACAAAUCAACAGCAACCAAAAAAAAGCCAAUAAAUUUUAAAAACUUAAUCAGUGUUUGUUUUUACUUCAUUUCACUGCCUCAUAGAUCUGAAAUGGUACGGCUAAACCUCCUAAGUGAAUAGUCUUAGUUGUUCUCUAGUAGACGUCUGGGUACAGAGUUUGAAAUUCAGGCCCCUGCCCUUACUGCCCCAGACCCUUCAUAUUUCAGGGGAGUGGCUCUUUCUGCAUCUUUUAUUCUUCUGGCUUACCCUAACACUCCUCCUGCUACAUUCUGUCCUUUCAUAGGGCCUCUGGGAAGGAGGAUGGGUCAUUUGGCAUUUUAAACAAAAUGUAGCAUAUUCUUUUUACAGUGGCCACCCACGUAGAUUGUUUCCUAACCUACUGAGUAUUUAUUUGAUCUUAAAAAAAACAACCCUGUAAUGAAGUAUCAUUGACAUGCAAUAAGCUGUACAUGUUUAA